AUGUCUCGCUUCCUCCCUCGCAGCAUCUCGGUCUCGCCAAGUCGUCGUCCGAAGUAUUUCUGGGUUCCUGACGUUCAGGCCUCAUCCGAGUCGACAGCCCAAACAUGUGCAAGACGAGGUGAAGGAUGAAGGUUUGAAGUCAAUUUAACUCGCAAGGUAAGGUUGCUGGUGAGUUGACAAUGUUGGCUGUUGACUGAGGUCUUAUUCCAAGAAAGAAAAUGAAGAGGAGGUUGCUACGUGGCUUGCUAUCAGAAGUCUCCAUCCGAAUGGUGCUUCUGAUGGUGUUUCUUGUAACAGAGCAACUUCCCCCUUUCUACCGUGAAAUCCAGGCAGAGGAAAUGUGGUUGUACAAGUUCCAUCGUGUGGAGAGGGACCAUGUUCCCACCUCUCUCAUGUUUAGUGUGGCAUGUUUCACUCCAUUGAUAGUAAUCCUGCUGUUCACACUGCUGAAGAAGGCAGAGAGAGGAGAUCUGAAGGAAGCCUCGCUGGCUAUGACUCUGACACUGGUGCUGAAUGGAGUUUUCACCAAUGCCAUCAAGCUAGUUGUUGGCAGGCCACGACCAGACUUUUUCUACCGCUGUUUCCCAGAUGGGCAGAUGAACCUGGAGAUGCACUGCAGCGGAGACCCUGAUGUUGUCAUGGAGGGUAGAAAGAGCUUCCCCAGUGGCCACUCCUCCUUUGCGUUUGCAGGGCUGGGCUUCACAGCACUGUAUGUAGCGGGGAAGCUGCGGUGUUUUAGCACAGGUGGCCGCGGCAGGGCCUGGCGGUUGUGCGCCUUCCUCACCCCUUUACUCAUCGCAUCCAUGAUCGCCCUCUCUAGAACCUGUGACUACAAGCACCACUGGCAAGAUGUACUAGUGGGCUCUCUACUGGGUUUUGCAUUUGCCUGGUUGUGCUACAGACAACACUACCCUCCGCUAGAGGAGCCUGACUGCCACCGGCCUCUACGUCACAGAGAGGCUGUUCCUGCAGCACAAGAACGCAAGCUGGCCAACUCCAACUAUAUACUUCCUCUCUAGACUGUCUGUAAUACUGGAUAACUGUUUCUUGUUUGUGUAAUUUGGCAGGGGUCACUUAAUUAUUAAGCUAACAUAUCCCAUUUGAUGGAUGCUUUUAUCAAAAGCGCCUCACAGUACAAUCAGUGCAUAAAUAUUAAUCAGUCUAGUGCUGAAUUUUCCACAUUGUUUGUACAGUGCAUAUAGUACACAGCACUUCAGAUACACCCAGCAGUUGAUCAACUUAAAAAGCACUACACCAUUAGUUCACUGCCUGUAGGUUUAUGCCUCAAUUGUUGUAUAUAAACUCCCUAAUGGGAAGGUCAAAUUUCUAUGAAUUGAAAACAGGGUUGAAAGUGGGAGGAAAUUAGAUCUAGUUUGAUUUAUCCAGUAAAAAUUAACAUUUGCUAUCAAGCGAAUGCUCUAAGGCAUUUAUGUGGAAUAUUCAUAUCCUAAAGCAACCCCCUUGCUGACUGCCUUCUCAGCUGUAGUAAUAUGUGGAUAUGUGGAGUUGUUUAAUCACAAAGUUGCUAAUUAUCAUAUCCUUAGUAUCUGUAGUUUGCUCUUUGCUGCAUCUGUCUUGAGUGCUUUAAAUCUUUCUCUUUCUUCCUAUGGCAUGUUCUGAAUGUCAUCCUGUUUCCAUUUUCAAACUAAUGGAAAGAUGUUUUCUUGAAGGAUUGCAAACUAGACUUUUUCAAUAUCACAUCUACAUUGAGAAGUUCCGAUCUACCCAUCAUAGUUUCACAGUUUCUGCUGUACCUGCUCUUUUUGCUUUUGAUUUUUCAGUGACGGUGAUAAUCACAAUUCUGCACAAUCUAACUAGGCAGCAGAGCAUUUUAAUAAUGUAUCAAAUCAAUUUGAUUGUACCAGGAUAUAGGAUACAUGUAUUUCUACAUCAGUGGUCUCAGGUUUAGGCCUGGUUCUGUUACUGCAGACUAGCUUCUUCUAAUCCAUGCAGCCCUUUUUAAAGAGUUUAGGGGGUUA